CGCGAAUUCCGCCAUCACCAUCACCAUGAAUAAUACGCCUCAGUCGGUAAAUCCGGUAGUGCCGCACAUCCAGGUUGCUUUGAUGCCGCAGCUAGUCGAGGCGAUACGGAAGGAUGACGAUUGGACUGGGACCAAGGAUGCUGCAGCGCGCAGGCGAGCUCAGACUCGGCUUAAUACAAGGGCUUAUCGGAGACGCAAAGCCCGAGAAGCAGCGAAAGGAACAGAAGCCACAGCAGCGAGCUGUACUGGCAGUGCCGCCACAACUGCCCCUCAAUCCAAAGUAGAGGAAGCGCUGGUAGAAUGUUGGGACAUAUCACAGCAGUCCGUCGCUGUCGUCGCCGCACCCCGCAUGAAGCAAGUAUACAACGCGCGAAACCCCUUGCUGCUCCCCCCAGAACAAGACGGACGUCGAGAUCAACAGCACCGAUUCAAAAACACCAUCUUCCCCCUCUGCCUGGAUCACCUAAUAACCCUCGUCCAAUACAACGCCCUCCGCGCCCUCGCCGCAAACCGCGCCCUGACCAACCAACUCCUCACAACGCCACUCCUCUGCACCGACGAAGUCAUCCACGUCCUCCCCUCCCCCUCCACCCCUCAACACCUCCACACUCUCCCAGCAUCGCUUCACCCAACACAUCUCCAGCAAACAAUCCCCCACGGCGACUGGAUCGACCUCUUCCCGAGCCCCGAGGGCCGCGACAGACUCAUCCGGGCCGCUGGGACAUUCGACGAGGACGAGCUGUGGGAGGAUUGUAUUGGGGGAUUGUAUGAGGGGUUUCCGGACGAUGAGAUGUCGCGUCGUGGGCUUAUUGCGUGGUCGCCGCCGUGGGAUGUGUCUGGGUGGGAGAUGUCCGAGGGGUUUGUGAGCAAGUGGGGGUGGUUGUUUGCGGGGCUGCCGGGGAUGUUGGAGGCGACGAAUCGGUGGAGGGCGCACAGGGGGGAGGGGCCGUUGGUUUGGGAAGUUGAAUAG